CGAGACGGCCCAAGAAUUCCAGGUCUCGUCCGCACCCCGACAACUCAAGGAUUCCGAUGUCCGAAGCCCCAACAAAAUCCUUGUGUGCUGCCCCUUCCUUACCCUCAUCAGCUCAGUGGGACUUCUCGAGACAUUUCCCUUCCCCUGCUCCUCCUGCUCCGUCUCCUAUUUUUCAUCUUCUCUCGUUCUCCCAUACCUUCACCAAGUUCUUGCACGCUACAUGGAUAAACGGGUUUUGAAGCUUAACUAGUAGAUGAGGCCCUUUCUGGUGUAGGACAAGUCUUGUUAUGGAAAUAAUUGUGUGUUCUUUGUCCAAAAUGCACACAACUGGCUUGAAAUAUAAUCCUUUGGAAGUCUCAUGCAAAGUUUUACAUCCAUGGAUAUCAAGCUCUUCAGUUAUGCAAGUUUCUGCUUGUUCACUGAACGGAUUUUGCACGGAAAGGAAACUGUCUUAUCAACUUGAUAGAAAAUAUUGGUGUGGCUCCAAAUGGAGUCACCAAGUUCGCAAGACUCACAAAGUCAGGAGCACAAUGGAUGCAUCAUUUGGUGAUAUGGCUGGUGAAUCAACUGAAAUUUUUCCAAGAAUUAAUAUAAAGGAUCCAUACAAGCGUCUUGGGAUCAGUCGAGAGGCUACAGAAGAGGAAAUUCAAGCUGCAAGGAACUUCUUGAUAAGCAAAUAUGCAGGCCAUAAACCAAGUGUAGAUGCCAUAGAAUCUGCACAUGACAAAAUCAUAAUGCAGAGCUUCCUUGAGAGGAAAAGCCCAAAACUCAACAUAAAGAAGAAAAUGAGAGAGGUCAGUCAAACACGAGUUGUAAAGGCAAUAACAAGCAGAUUUGAAAUGCCAUCAAUGAAUGUCGUUAUAAAAACUGCAGCUGCAUUUGCAAUCCUUGGGGCAUUGACUGUAUUAUAUCCAACCGAGGAAGGGCCAACACUUCAAGUGGCCAUCUCCUUAGUGGCUGCCAUAUAUUUCAUAUAUCAAAGGCUUAGGAGCCGAAUCAGAGCAGUUCUAUAUGGACUUGGAGUCUUCUUUGGUUCCUGGCUGUUGGGUACCUUCUUAAUGGUGUCCGUUAUCCCACCUCUUCUCAAAGGCCCAAGAAGUCUGGAGGUUACAACGUCACUGAUUACAUAUGUUUUCCUAUGGGUGUCAUCUUCUUAUCUGAAGUAACUGAGCUGCAUUUGCUUAAUCAGAUAUAUCGUUGACUGCUUUGCUUCUUCCUAUCGUCUUUGUUGAAUCCUAUCGGCCGUUUCUGGACAACAGUUGGAAUUUUUUUGAAUCUAAAAGGCAAGAAAUCUCGUUUAGAAGCAACGCGUGCAUGCUUCUAACAAGUUUUGAGUACGACUUUCUUUUUAUUAUAGGACAAAGAGUGAUUCAUGCCAUGUUCUGUGUAAUUUUUUUUCGUUUGUGCUAAAUCAUUUUUAUGGUUUCAAGUCCUUCCCUUCCUACUCAGGUGAGAGUAUAGCUCAUGUAAACCCUUUUAUUGAAUAAAAAAAAGAGCUUUCUUAUGAUCUAA